AUGGGCGAUCCCAGUGAGAUGGAGGAGGACAUUCCAGGAGAUGUCACCACAGACAAUACCAUUAAGAAUUCCGAUUCACUAAAUUAUAAAGCAGAGGAAGAUAACAUGCAGCGCUCUUUAGGAGAAAACCACAUUACCCUUAAUGUGUAUCCAGGACUUCACAGUACAGAUCUGUCUUAUAAUCCCUCUCAGCAUCAAGAACCCUCUCCAGAUCAGCCACAGAUAACCACAAGUAAAGGUCAGAAAGGGGCUAAAUGGUUACAGUGUGGUAUGGCAUUCACAAAAAGAUCAAGACUUUCUCCACACAGAAGACGUCACACAGGAGCGAAGCCAUACUCCUGUUCUGAAUGUGGGAAGAGCUUGACAAGGAAAUCAAAUUUUGUUACACAUGAGCGAAUUCACACAGGAGAGAAGCCAUAUUCAUCUUUAGAAUGUGACAAAUGUUUUACACAGAAAGCACAUCUAGUUGAACAUAAGAGAAUUCACACAGGGGAGAAAUCAUAUUCAUGUCCAGAAUGUGGGAAAUGUUUUGCACAAAAAACAAGCCUUAUUAUCCAUCAGAGAAUUCACACAGGAAAUAAACCAUAUUCAUGUUUAGUAUGUGGGAAAUGUUUUAUAUGGAAAUCAUCACUUGUUACACAUGAGAUAUGUCAUGCAGGAAAGAUUUUAUGUACAGAAUGUGGGAAAUGUUUUUCAAAACAAACAACCCUUACUAGCCAUCAGAGAAUUCACACAGGAGAGAAGCCAUAUUCAUGUUCAGAAUGUGGGAAAUGUUUUGCAGAAAAGUCAGGUCUUAAGAAACAUGAGAGGAGAAGUCACACAGGGGAGAAGCCGUAUUCAUGUUCAGAAUGUGGGAAAUGCUUUACAAAUAAAUCCAAUCUUGUUACACAUAAGAUAAUUCACACAGGAGAGAAGCCAUAUUUAUGUUCAGAAUGUGGGAAAUGUUUUGCAUUAAAAUCCCAUCUUGUUACGCAUAAGAGAUGUCACAGAGGAGAGAAACCAUAUUCAUGUUCAGAAUGUGGGAAAUGUUUUACGCAGAAUAGUAGCCUUAUUAGCCAUCAAAGAAUUCACACAGGAGAGAAACCAUUUUCAUGCUUAGAAUGUGGGAAAUGCUUUACAAAUAAAUCCAAUCUUGUUACACAUGAGAGAAUUCACACAGGAGAGAAGCCAUAUUCAUGUUCGGAAUGUGGGAAAUGUUUUACAGAUAGAUCAAAUCUUGUUUUACAUAAGAGUGUUCACACAGGAGUGAAGCCAUAUUCAUGUUUAGAAUGUGGUAAAUGUUUUACACUGAAAUCGUACCUUGUUAAACAUGAGAGAAUUCACACAGGAGAGAAGUCAUAUUAAUGUUCACUAUAUGGGAAAGGUUGUGUACUAAAAUCAUAUCUUGUUAGACAUUAGAGAAGUCAGUAGAGUGCCUUUUUGCGCUCAGGGUGUGGCAAAUGUUUUAUUGCUAUAGACAACAUUAAGGAGAGAAGCUGUUUUAUAUGUGGAAACUGUUUUGCAAGGAAAUCAAUUAGAUUAGAAGAAAGUAUAUUCUUUUUUUUUGAAUAUGGGAAAUACUCUAAGAGCAAAACCGAAUUUAAACCCCAGUUAUUCACAGACCUUGAGGUUGGGGCUACAUACAACAUAUGUCACAUGACAGCAAGUCUCGGAAUAGUUGUGCAACUUUCCUGCAACUUGCUAUUUCCACGACGCGAGGGAGGCUCGUACCCGUCUGCCAUUGGCUGCUUCCCCCAAACACCGUAUGUUUUCAUCCGUGCACAGGGAGAAGCAGCAGCGGCGGUGCGGGGACCAGGAGCAGCGCAGGGAGUGGAGUAAGUAUAUUCCCUCUGAGGGGCUUGGCACAUGGGGGAAGGCUGUCACGUGAAAGUAUUAAUUAUAGAAGGAAUAUCCCAUAUCACUCGUCAUUAAAACCACUCAGUCAAUUAUUAUAUAAGUGCAAUGGUAAUGAAAUGCAAUGGUACAUUUGGCUUGUGGGUGAAAUUUCAAGAUGAACCUAAAAUGCCCUUUAACCUUUACAGGUGAACUUAAUGUAACAUUCUCUAAACUUCUGAAUGCACAUGUUCUACUGUUCAAUGCUUCAGUACUUUUUGCACAACUUGCUGUUCUCUAACAAGGAUGCCACUAUUAAAAAUGUAUCAUAAAUGAAA